CCCGCUCCCCGGUCACCGCCGCUGCCCACGGGUUCGAAGCCACCUAUUAGAACACAGCUGGACCGAGGGAUGCGUACUUAAUUAACUUAUUCUGUUCUCUUUUUGCCCCUCCGUCCUCUGUCACAAUUCCCCCCCAGAGCGGCUCAACGGGUUUUCUAUCGUCCUUUGGUCCCCGUACCACGCGGAGGAAGUGGUUGGUGGUCUUAGUGACCGCCGUCGCGAUGGUUUUGUUGGCUCUGGCCGUUGCUGUCCCGCUGCUGCUCCUCCGCACACCUGACACCUCCGCUCAUUACUACGAGAUGAUGGGCACCUGUCGGAUGGUUUGCGACCCAUACACUCCGAAACCGGGAGGCGCCACCGCCAUGGAGGUGAUCCAGAACGUGAAUAGUGUCGCUCCGCAGCCGCCAAUGGCGCAAGGGAGCCGCGGGGAGCCGGGGCGACCGGGUAAACCGGGACCAAGGGGUCCGCCGGGAGAGCCAGGACCCCCGGGUCCGAGGGGACCAGCGGGAGAUCGCGGCGACGGCAAACUCUCAAUCCCCGCGUUAGCCGGAGCUGCGGGAGCAGAGGACGGCGACACAGAGGGUGCGAACUCCACGGCCAACAGUUUCAGGAUCGCGUUUUACGUCGGUCUGAAGAACCCACACGAGGGUUAUGAGGUGUUAAAGUUUGACGACGUGAUUACAAACUUGGGGAACCACUACGACGCGAGCACCGGGAAGUUCACCUGCCAUGUGUCCGGGAUCUACUUCUUCACUUACCAUGUGCUGAUGCGCGGAGGAGACGGAACCAGCAUGUGGGCCGACCUGUGCAAAAAUGGACAGGUACGGGCCAGUGCCAUAGCUCAGGAUGCAGACCAGAACUACGACUACGCCAGCAACAGUGCCGUGCUGCAUUUGGACUCCGGAGACGAGAUCUACGUCAAACUGGACGGCGGCAAAGCUCAUGGCGGCAACAACAACAAGUACAGCACCUUCUCCGGCUUCAUCUUAUACCCCGACUAAACACACAGCACACAGCAGGUCCAUGGACAGUAGGCCUAAUCAUCACUGAAAACUGUUAAAAAAGUAUUAAAGUAUUGGUCAAAUUAUAUAUUUCUCCUCUUUUGAAGAUAGGUGCCACAAUGCAGGCUUAUCUGCAACUAUAUGUUCUGUUUAUUCAGUGAAAUACCUUUUUGUAUAGGCUAUUUAAUUUAACUUAAGUUCAACUAUUCUACUGUCAUCAGAGUAGCCUAUAUAUCUUACUUCUACUUAGUAUCAGAAAGAUAGAUCACAAACAUAACACCCCGUAAAUGCUCGGAAGUGAUAAUGUUUCAUAAGUUCCUUUGAAUUAAGGUUAAUUCAUUUCUAAAAAGCUUUUGGUGAAAUGCUUACAGGCUCUUAUGAAGCACUGUGUGUAUUAAUGGUGUGUAAUGUUAUAGGCUCAAAGGAUGGAGGAAGUCCAUUGAAAUCAAGGAAUAAAAUUAACGUCAGAUGAGCAGUUUUGAGCAGUGUUUGGACUUAAGGCCCGGUCACACCACCAUUUUAAAAGACACAAUCCAAUCAAUUCAUCAAAGCUGAAUCACCAUGAUCAGUGAAUUCUUUUGAGAGGGGGAAAUACGCGCACAUUUUUCACGUCGGGUUUAACUUUAGUGAACUUUGACACACAACUUUCCGCCAUUGACCAAUAGUAAACCAGUUUGAGGGGACAGCAAGUCCAAAAUGGAGGAAGCCAAGGACAGUUGCUUAUUAGCUGUGUUGCACCGUCCAGUUUUACUCUAGCCUCCUCUGUCGGAGUGUAAACUGCUCCACAAAAGAGACAUGGUUUGCAGACAGUUAUGGAAUCAAUGUACAGAUACAUCUUUUGAAUAACUGUAAACUUACUGUCCCUUUAGUGACUAAGCUAAAAAGCUUGUAAGUGUCAGUUAGAAAGCUUGCUAGCUUGAAGAGCUUUAAUCCGUUCCACGUAUUGAAUGAAAUGAUGCACAAUCCCAAGAACAAAAUGCCAGGGGGAGUAAACCGUACAGCACAGAGAAGCUCGGAGAGCUAUUGUGACAGGCUAAGGCUAGCAUAUUAGUGGUUAGCUUGCCAGCUAUAGUAGUUCAGCGUGUAGCCACUACUUCAUCAAGCUUCUACAAGAUAUUUGGCAAGGACGUACUGAUGACGUACCAAAAUAUUGACACUUUUAGCCACAUAAUAGUACUUGUUUGUUUUAAAAGCCCGUUUUUAUCCCAGUUUUAUUUAUUUUUGUUACUGAAAAGCAAGCGCAUUAUCAGUAUUCAGUACAUCUUUCUCCCCAUGAUUCGCCUGUCACAAAGCUUAACUGGACAAGCCUGUUUUGGACAGUUGAAAUGGUCUGGUGAGGUCAGUGUAAAUUGCGCCCAAACUGACUUCACAUUCUAAAUGAAUCAGAUAGGAUGCAAAAAAGAUCUAACCUAGUACAGGCCAGUUUGAUUGCAAUAGCAAGCCAAAUUGUGGUGCUUUGAGCAGUGUUCAGUGUUUCACAAAAUAACCACACAUGAAGGAUACAAAUGGAUGUCUUGCAUUAAUAUUGAAUUAUAUUUUGUUCUCAUAUAUACAAUAAAUAAAUAUUGUUUGACAAAAA